CUUGGUUUUAGGCUUAGGUUAAGGGCAUUUAAUUGUGAUAGUUAAGGCUAGGGUAAGGGCAUAGGGAAUGCAGUGUCCUCACUAAGAACGUUGUACAAGAAUGUGUGUGUGUGUUUCUACUGAAAUUUGAUCUCAACGUGUGGGAGAGAGGGACACCCCCCUUGUGGUGUCUGUAAUCGAGCGCCGAGCUUCACGAUCGGCACCUUCGCAAUUAUGCACGGUUCUUGUCGGACUGGAAUCCUCGUAAACACCGCAAACCUGACAAAGACUCGGAGCAGCAGAACCCAGUCCGCACACCCCUCAACUCGUCAGCCUGUGCAUGUUUGUGUGAGAGUGAGUGAGUGAGCGAGCGGAGGAGGCGGCGGCGGCGGCGGCGGCGAGCUAUGUUUUAUCACCCAUCUCACCAAAAAAAAUGACUCGACAUGGCUGUGGCUUUGACACAACACACACGGCUCUGCACGCGACCGUGGGAAUCAUAAGCAGCUGAGAGAGUGAGGCGCAAACCUCACCAUCUCGAUGAAAGUCGUAAGUUGGGUUGGAUGGCCAUGGACCCAUUCAGCCAGCUUAUCCUCACUAUCUCAGUGACCAGUUUCUUCACCUUCCAAUGGCUCUUCCACAAGGUCAGUCCCUGGAUGUCCAUGCGCAUCAGCCCAGGCUUCGUUGGCCUCAGUGACAAGCAGAAGGUGGAAUGGAACUCAAGGACAGUGUCAACGUUUCACGCACUGUUGGUGGGACUCUUCUGCCUCUACAUCUUGUGGUUCGAUGACCCCGUCAAUGAAGACCCAGUCUGGGGAGAUCCUACACUGGUGAAGACUAAUGUUGCCAUCACAACAGGCUACCUCAUAUCUGAUCUGCUGCUAAUAUUUUACUAUUGGAAGGCGAUAGGCGACAAGUUUUUUGUAGUUCACCAUCUGGCAGCGUUGUAUGCUUACUACUAUGUACUGGGCCAAGGAAUGUUGCCUUAUUUUGCUAACUUCCGUCUGCUCGCUGAGUUUUCUACACCGUGUGUGAACCAGCGCUGGUUCUUUGAGGUACUUGGUUAUCCCAAAUCCUCCCGGCCCAACAUGGCAAAUGGCGUUGCCAUGGCUUUAGUCUUUUUCAUGGUCCGCAUCGCCGUCAUGCCAGUCUACUACAGUCGUAUGUAUGCAGUCUAUGGCACUGAGGCCUUCUACCUUGUGCCGUGGGGUGGCCGCGUAGCUUGGAUCUGCUCCAGUAUCUGCUUGGACAUCAUGAACGUUAUGUGGAUGCAUAAGAUUGCCCGAGGCUGCUACAGGGUGUUGCGCUCGGCUCAGCGGAGUAAAGCCAGCGCACCUCAGGAGAACGGGAAGACCGAUUAAGGGAACCAGGGUGUUAGCGGCGAGCAAAUGCCACAACAGGGAUGAAAUGACGUCACAGUUUGGACCCUUACAUGUCGAGCUUCUUCAGUAGUGGCACAUCUGGAACUUGUGACAUUACUGGGCUGAAUGUGAUGAGAGAAACGGAGUUCACUAAGAUGCAGUGAUGGAGCGUUUAACCGGCCAUCCAUAAGCCAUGAAAUGACGUCUUAGCAAUACUCUGUGUGCAUGGCCACUUCUUCUUCUUUUUCUUUUUUUUUUUCCUCUCCUCUCAAACAAUUUACAACGACACAAACAGAAGUCGUCCUGGGAUAAUGGACUGUUAGCCCGACCACCAUUUGUCAAAAAAAGUUUACCGUUCUUUACAUAUUUAUUGCUCAAUAAAAGACAUUUGCGUUGACGAUGGAAGCAAAGAUUUAGAGGAACCUUGAAGAACACUUUCCACAUUAUUGGUCAGUGCCAUAAAAAUCAUUGUGCACUGCCUCAUGGAGGUGAAGAGUCUAGCAUCUUUUUUUUCUUCUUUCUUUUCUUCAUGCUUCUUAAAAAUCCAAAUACCUGAUUCAGAUUUGUAAUGUAAUCGCCAAAAAUGAACAUCACUCAUUUAUGUCAAUCAGUCGAGCGUUUCAUUUAAAAACCAGCCUUUAAUGUGAAUUAAUGUCGCAGUUGAAUGAUAAAUCAAAAAAUGUAGGGUUGAAGGGCAUUGGCACCAUGUAUGUAGUGCAUUUCUUUGGUCUUGCGGGAAUACAUAUGGCACAAAUGUUUCAAGGACAUAAUGUACUGGCUACAUAAAGUCCACAAGUGCUAAAAGGGAAACUGAAUGUCUAUACUGUGUUUUUACUCUGAUACUAAGGAGUGCAAGAAGUCAUUUUUCUAAAAGAAAAGGGAGUCCACAGUAAAAUCUGACUUGUAAAUCUGUAUACAAGUAGAUUUUUUCACAGAACGCAAACAGAAAGGUUUUAUUUAUAUGAACAAGAAUAUGUCGUUAAAGAUCCGAUCUGAGAGUCUGCGUUAUAUUUAUUCUCAUGCAUUGUAUGUUAAAACAGAUGAACCCAGUGUUCCAUUAAUCAGAUGCUUUUAUUAUAUUCACCUCACUUCCUGUUUCUUGUAUGUUUUAGGCACAAGAAAGGUUUGUUUUAUCACAGACAACGUUUGCCAACGAGCUGCAUGCUUCUGUGUCCCCCAGUUGAUUUCUGCAGAUUUAAGUUUGGUAUAAAAUCACAGACAAUAACCAGUGUUUCAUAUGUCAAAUAUUUUAUAAUUGUUCAGGAGCAUUGGCAUAAAAAAAUAGCUUCUGGCUUAUGUUGUGUUAUGAUAUACAAUCAGCUUUCAUGAUUGCCAUGUCUCUGUUUUUGAAGCGUUUUCUACCAUUAUAGAAAGUGAACACAUGGAACGACUGCGCUCAAACGUAUUAAGGGUUCAUGUCUCAUUUGUUCAGAUGAAUAGUUAGGAUUCACAGAUGAUUUACGAAAACAAAACCUACUUGAAUUUUCACUGUCGGUGUAUGGUUUUUACUCGCUGUACAUCAAAUGCUGUCACAGAAACAGGGAUUGCUAGUUUGCCUUGCCGUGUGUUUGAAAGAUUUGAUUUUGUUGCCUUUGUAAAAACAAACUAACUGCACAGUGAAUAUUUUGUGACUCGAGUCCUCACUGCACUGUGAUCUAACUGUUUUCCAUUUCCAAUGUGAUUGUUUUGGAGUUUUUUUUUUUUUUUGCCUUUGUACCAGAUCAGUUUCAAAUGUAAAACCAAGAGGCUUUUAAUGACUGCCAGUUUCAAUGCUUUUACUUUGGUUCCACAUUUAAAAGCUUAAAAACAAUAUGUAUGUAUACAUGCCAGUGCUCGAGCCAUUACUUGUCCAUUCUAGAAAAAUGUGAUUGUUUGUUGUUUUUUUUUAAUUCUUUUAAUAAUAAUAAUCAGUGCCAACAUGUUUUAUUGGUUCACAUCAGCUCUGUUCAUGGCGUGUGCUGUGGUUAGUCACAGACAAAAGGCUACAUUUACACUGCAUUGUUCAAGUGACCCAUUUCUAAUCUUUUCUCUCUCUUGUGGCUUAAAUCAGAUAUAAUUCACUGAUUCAGAUGACGUCAGAUCCGUUUCUUUUUGGCCUCUUAUUCGUUUUCAUGUCAGUAGCCCCGCCCUCCGUGUAGUUAGUGCCCCCAAAAGUUAACCUGUGAUAUCAGAUAUGGGUCACUUUUGAAAGACGAUGUAAGCAGGCCCUCCAAAUUACUCACACAUUGGCAUCAUAUCACAAUUGAGCCUCAAAGUCUGCAGUGUAAAUGCAGCCAUGUUAACUUUUCUUUGAAUUACACCAUCAAACCUGUGUGUUUGGGUCAGGAUGAUGUAAAGUUAUUGUGCGUGUGUGUGUGUGUGUGUGUGUGUGUGUGUAUAUCAUGUACAUUACAUAUAUAUCACUCACUCACAUCUUAGAAGACAGGAAGGGGUGUCAGUGUUUCACUGAAUGUUAAUUGGAAAUCAAGCAGUUUUUUUGUUUUGUUUUUUUUGUGGACAGCAGCAGACGACCACUCCUGGUCAGAUAGGUGAAGAUCUGUAUGCAUCAUCGAGCAUGGUCCAAAUGGUCUUUACACAUUCUGUAUAACUGCAUGUCCUGUUGCAUGGGGAUUGCACUGUAAACGACUACAACAACAAAAGAAGCAUAUACAAAUUGUGUUCUUUUCCUUAGUACAUGUACAUAAUGUUUAUUUAAACUUUAUUCUUGUACUGUGUCACCUAAUGUAAUCCAGAGAUGAUGAUGAUGAUGAUGAUGAUGAUGUUAUAAGGAGAACAUUUUAAAGCGGAUAUUUAGUACAAUCUCCAGCACUGAGGUAAUCAGUAAGAGAAUACUUGAAUACUAAUCAACACAGUUUUUAACAACCUGGGCAGUGCAAAUAAACAUUAAUACUAUGAGCA